AUGGACCAGUGCUCCCAGUAUGGCCAGUUAACCCAGUAUGAGCCAGUGCUCCCAUGGGACCUGCCCAGCGCCCUCCUGUUCAUCGUCACCAUCCUGACCACCGUGGGUUACGGCUCGGCGACGCCGCUCUCCGCCGCCGGCAAAGCUUUCUGCGCCGCCUACGCCGCCGUGGGCGUCCCGGCCACCAUGUUCCUCCUGUCGGCCACCGCUCGCCGCCUGGCCGGCCCGCUGGCCCACCGGCCCCGCGACUACCUCCAGUCCCGUUGGGGCUACAGCCGGCGCGGCGCCGCCCUGGCCCACCUGCUGGCGCUCCUGGCCGUCACCGCGGUGCUCCUGGUGGUCCUGCCGGCCACCGCCUUCUACCUGCUGGAGGCCACCUGGAGCUACCUGGACGCCGUUUAUUUCUGCGCCAUCUCGCUCUGCACCGUCGGAUUCGGCGACCUGGUGCCGGCGCGGCAGGCGCGGCAACCGUUGAGGCAGCUCUACCAAGUGGCCGUGGCCGCGUACCUGCUGCUGGGGGUCACCGGGGUCCUGCUGCUGGCCCACACCUUCCGCCACGUGGCCGAGCUCCACGGCGUCCCCGGCACGGCCCCGGCACCGGAACCGGCACCGGCCAGCGAGGAAGGGGCCGGGUUGUUGGAGGGGGCGAAGGGCGGGGCCAAGGCGACGCGGGCGGGGCGUGACAGCUGGUAA